AUGAGAAUAGUUGUUGCCUUUGUUUUCAUUGCUGUAGCGACCAUCAACAUUAGCUUCUGCAAAGGAAGCUCUUCUGUUGGUUGCCUCCAAAGUGAGAGACUAGCACUUUUAAGGUUCAAGCAAGAUCUCACUGAUCCUGCCAAUCGGCUUGUCUCUUGGACUUCUAAAAAUGGAGAUUGCUGUACAUGGUCUGGUAUUGUCUGUGAUAACUUGACGGGCCAUGUGCUUGAGCUCAGCCUUAGAACUCCCCCAGAGAAAGAGGUUGUGUCUCAAGCUGAAGAUGAUGCUCGUGAGAGGUCAAAGUUGCAUGGUAAGAUAGAUCCCUCUUUGCUUGAUUUGAAGCAUUUGCGUUCCUUGGACUUAAGCGAUAAUAAUUUUGAUGGAGCAGAGAUUCCUAGAUUUCUUGGAUCUAUGCAGAAUUUAAGAAACCUUAAUCUCUCGCUAAACUUAUUCCGGGGUAUGAUUCCUCCCCAAAUUGGAAACCUCUCUAAUUUACAGUAUCUUGGCCUCGGUGGCAUAUUAGAUGUGAAGAGUUUGUGGUGGUUAUCUCGUCUUUCUUUGUUGAAGCAUCUUGACUUGGAUGGUGUGGAUCUUAGCAAUUGCUCUGAUUGGUUGCAAGUGAUACACACCCUCCCAUCCCUAGUAGUGCUAAAAUUAUCAUACUGUUUGCUUCAUCACUUUCCUCCCCAACCUGUUGCAAAUUUUUUAUCUCUUGCCUCCCUUGAUUUAACUGGAAAUCAUUUUGAAUGUCCAAUCCCUGAGGGACUUCAAAACUGGACUUCCAUUAGACAUCUUGAUUUAUUUGAAAAUUACUUCAAUUCUUCAAUGCCCAGUUGGUUGUACAGACUUAGAAACCUUGAGGAACUUUUCCUUUCGGACAAUUACUUGCAAGGCUCGAUGGAUGGCCUGGGAAACCUGUCGUCUUUGCAACUUGAGAUCCAGAUGGAUGGCCUGGGAAACCUUUCGGACAAUUAA